AUGGCCACCUACACCUCUCGUCAUCCUAGCAGCUAUGCUCCUCACCAGAAGUCUUUGCCCAUCAUCGUUCCCAAGACUGCCACUUAUAGCUACCCUUCUUCCAAAGUUGCCGCCUCCCCACCAGAGUUGCCCGACACCAGCACAUCUUAUGGUGGAAGUCGAAUCUCUGCCGGCUCUUACUCGGCCAGAUCCAGCAAUUGUGACUAUGCCCCGAGUUUGAGCAGCGGCGAUUAUGACUCCUACAAUUCUCCUCCCGGAGUUGAUGUCGUUGACAUCCUCAGCGAGAGAAUGAACAACGCUUUCGAUCCCAUUCGCAUGGAUCGCUCGCUGGCCCAACAGGCCCAGACUUCCGGUCAGCUCAAUGCCAAGGAGCGAGAAUUGCAAGAAUUACGAGCCCUCGCGCAAAGGCGAUUGAAAACCGCGAGGGUGAACUUUGCGGAAGGCGUCGAAGCGGCCCGCGAAGCACGCAGAGACCUUGAUUACACGUCCAAAAAGAUCUCGUAA